AUGCUCAUCUCGACACUUGUCCCCCUUCUGCCAUUAUUCCUAUGUAGCCGUAUAAAACCUGUAUCUGCCUAUGGAGAUCCCGCCGUCACUCAAAUCUCCAUUGAGUACGAGCUCGGAGUUCGUGGUGGUUAUAAGAAUGUUCUUCAUUCGUCAGCUUCAAAUGGUGCAAUGGGAUUUCGGUGGAGUCAAAAAGAAUUAGAUGAAAAAAAGAAACAAAACUUUUAUGUUGAAUACUAUAGCUUGUGGGACGAUGAUAGCGAUGAAGAUGAUCUCGAAGAUCUAAAAGCUAAUAUUUCAUGUACGAUCGAACCGAAAGACGCUGUUGAUUCUCCCUUGACUUGGAAAUUCAGUAACCCAAAGAUAAAGUAUAUCAACAUGAUAUCCGACGUCUAUGGGGGCGAUAAGACUGCGAGUAGAAUCGUUUGUCCUUCUGAUGGGAGUGAUAACUUCAAGGCUUGGUUUGGAGAUGGAAUUGAUACUAUAAUGCGAUGGUCAUCCUGA